AUGGCCCCGAAAUGUUCUCUGGUUCUCUUUGCCACAAUGCAGGCGGCCGAUUCCUUCCUUCUGACGGAUCGGGAGGUGAAGAGCCUGCAAGAUUGUUACUUAUCGGGUACCAAGAUUACUCUUCACAAGAAGCUAGCCACGUGGCACCCGACAUACGACGUUAGUCUUGAUCUGGUGUUCUACCAGAAUCAGUAUAGGUAUGGCCUCUUGUUGGCUCUAUGGCCGAAGCUUAGGAGCGUGCUGACCAAUAUUUUUGAGCCAUCAAUUGAGGCUUCCACCGCUAUGAUAGAAGGUUACAGCGGCAAUGGCCAACCCAAAGAGGCAGCAGAUGUUCUAAGAAUGGUUCUGAGAUCAGGACCAGUAGCAGAAGUGGUGAUGGCAUUAGGGUUUAGCGCCAUGAUUCGACCGUUCUUCAUGGAAGAAGCCCUUCGACAUGGGCAGGAAAUUCAUGCUCAUAUCAUCAAAUCAGGGCAUAAGCCAGAGAACAAACAUCUGAGUGCUCUUGUGAAUCUGUAUGCGAAAUGUGAUAAGAUGGCCAUUGCUUACCGAGUUUUUGAAGGAUUGGAAAUCAAGGAGUUUGGGUUAUGUAGAAGAUUGUUAGCUGGGUUUGUAAGGAAUGGAUUGUAUGUUGAAGCAUUGAAGGUUUAUGCAGAAAUGUUCAGUUUGGAUUAUGGAAUGAGUCAUUUUGUGGUGAUUAAUGCUCUGAGAGCUUGUGUUGGGAUGAGGGGUCUGGAAGAAGGGAGACAGAUUCAUGAUGUAUUGAUUAAAGUGGAGAAUUUGAUGGGAAGUACUUCGCUCGAUGUUCUUACUGAGCUGUACAGCAGUUCUGGGAAGCAUGAAGAAGCUCUGAAG